AUGACAUAUAACUUAGAAAGAGCUCUCGGUGAAGGAGGGUUUGGAGUCGUUUAUUAUGGCUGUGUUAAUGGUAACCAACAGGUGGCUGUUAAAUUGCUAUCUCAAUCAUCAUCUCAAGUCUAUAAGCAUUUCAAGGCAGAGGUGGAACUACUUAUGAGAGUUCACCACAUAAAUUUGGUGAGUCUUGUUGGAUAUUGUGAUGAAGGAGAAAACUUGGCCCUAAUCUACGAGUACAUGCCGAAUGGAGGCUUAAAGCAACACUUGUCAGGAAAGCAUGGGAGAUUCAGUCUGAGCUGGGAAAAUAGAGUGAGAAUAGCUGUGGAUGCAGCACUAGGCUUGGAGUACUUACACACAGGAUGCAAACCACCAAUUGUUCAUAGAGAUAUUAAAUCUACAAACAUACUUCUGGACCAACAUUUUCAAGCCAAACUAGCCGAUUUUGGGCUUUCGAGAUCAUUUCCCACUGGAAAUGAAACACAUGUGUCAACAGUUGUUGCUGGCACUCCUGGAUAUCUUGAUCCUGAGUAA